AUGGCGGCAGGUGAUCGCGGGGACGGAUUGUUCGAGGAUAGGUCAGUAUGUCGCGUGGAGAUAUCGCCGGGGUCAACGAAAUAUUGGUGUCCUAUUUCCGAUGAUGGUAGUAAGCCAGUUUUAAACCAGGUUUUUGAAACAUUGGGUGGUGGGGUUGAAUUUUAUAAGAAAUAUGCUGCCGCAGUGGGGUUUGAUGUUAGGCACAGUAGUAAAAAAACGGGCCGGGAUGGAGAAGUUGUGUCGAAGUACUUGGUUUGUAGUCGUCAAGGGUUUAAGGCAGUGUCGGGUCAGAAGGCUAGAACUGUAGAGGGAGAAGGGGAUGAUGAUGGGUCUGUGCCUGUGAAGCGGCGACGGAUCUCUAAUAGGGUGGGGUGUAAAGCUAGAGUUAGGUUUAAGAAGCUUCGUACUGGGGGUUAUCAGGUGGUUUCUUUUGAGGAUAGACACAAUCAUUCGUUGUGUUCUCCAUUGUCUAGGCAAUUCUUGAAGGCUCACCGUAAACUUGAUUUAGGACAUCAAAUAUUUGUUGCUAAUUGUACGAAGGCGAAUAUUGGAUCAAGUAAGUCUUUUAGGUUAUGUAAGGAGUUUAUGGGGGGUUAUGAAUAUGUCGGGGCGACAAAUGUCGAUUUCCAAAAUGUGAGGCGUGACCUUCGUGUAUAUAUUGAUGGGGGUGACGCGCAGUUGGCGAUUGAUAAACUCGUUGCGUUAAAGGAGAAAUGUGCUGCAUUUUUUUAUAAGUAUGACAUGGAUGAAAACGACCAACUACGCCGUGUGUUCUGGGCUGAUCCGGUUGCAAUCCGAAAUUGCUCAAUUUUUGGGGAAAUUGUAUCCUUUGACGCUACGUACUCGACUAAUAGGUACAAAAUGGUUUUUGUCCCGUUUACAGCUGUGGAUAAUCACAAGAGGUGUGUAACUGUAGGAGCUGGCUUGUUAACCAAAGAGGAUAUCCCAUCUUACGUUUGGUUGUUGGAGAGGUUUAAGGAGGCGAUGGAGCGUGUACCGGCAUGCUUUGUGUCAGACCAAGACCCGGCUAUGAAGGUAGCAUUAGCUCGUGUAUUCCCCGAGUCUCGCCACCGGUAUUGUAUGUGGCAUAUUAUGACUAAAGUUAGUGAAAAGGUAGGGCCCUCAUUGUCGAAGGAUGAGGUCUUCCGGGGCAAGUUAAAUGCAAUUGUGUGGGAUGAAAUGCAGGACGCUGAUGAGUUUGAGGGUAGGUGGCGUGGAUUGAUGGAGGAGUAUGGUCUGGUGGAUCAUGCUUGGUUUACACAGUUGUGGGAGGCCCGAUCAUUUUGGAUUCCUGCUUAUUUUAAAGACAUGUUCAUGGGUGGAUUAGUUCGUACUACAUCUCGUUCUGAAGGGGAGAACAGCUUUUUUGGAAGGUAUCUUUCCCACACAUCUAGUCUAGUUGAGUUUUUCAGCCAUUUUAAUUCUGCACUAGAAGCUCAAAGGCAUGCACAGUUGAAACUUAAUGCCGAGUGUGAGGGACAUUAUACAGAUUUAAAAACACCAUUGGCUAUAGAGCGUCAUGCUUCCGUUGUGUAUACUGUUACUGUUUUCUAUGAGGUUCAAGCUGAGAUCUAUGCCGGGUGUUUCUCUUGUCGUGUGGUGUCUUUACGUGAAUGUGGGGAUGGCAUUGUGUAUGGGAUAAAGGGGGAUGAUGACCAUCAGUUUACUGUUCAGUUCAACCAGCUAGAUAACAGUGCAACAUGCAGUUGUUCUCUCUACCAGCGGAUUGGAUUGCUUUGUCGCCACAUUUUUAUGGUAUAUAAAGAUGCUCAGGUUACAAAUAUCCCUAGUUGCUAUAUCGUUGCCCGUUGGACAAGAGAAGUUUGUUUACAACCUGUGUUUGAGGUCAAUGGUGAAAUAGUUGACUUAAUCGCUGGGUUAGACAGUACUCAAUCAUUAGUUAAACGAUUGUGGUCUGAGAUAUAUUCGUGCGUGGGAUUAGCAGGUUCCAAUAAUGACCGUGUGUUGCAACUCACACGGGUGCUCCAACAGCAGAAGGAUGCUUUUAUGGGGGACGGAGAUGCACCGAUAGGGUCGAGGGGUAACAAUCCGAUUAUCCAGGCGUUUUGCGGCGCGGCCCCAUCAGUGGCGGUUUCUAUCAAGCCACCUGUUGUGGCAAAAAAUAAAGGGAGUGGGAAGAGAUUGAAGGGGGGUAAGGAGAAAUCUAUUCAGGCUAACUUGAAGGGGCGGCGGAAGUGUCAUGGGUGUGAUAAGUAUGCCGGUCAUAAUAGCCGAAAUUGUCCAGUUUUGCUAGCUUUGAAAGCAGCAGAGAAGAAUGAAGUUUAA